GAUUCCAUUCGACCUGACAAAUAUCUGGAUGAUGAAGUACAGGCCUAUUGUGGUAACGAGCAAGUUGAAGACAAUGGGUCCGGAACAUCGACUUUGGGUUUCUCAUUUAAUUUGGUCUGAAUUCCUCAUCCUGUCGGUACUUUGGCCUCCGGCGAUAAGCAGCAAAGGCCACCUGCCGAAGACCUACUUGGAGAGCUGGCGAGCUUUUGACUCGCGAAGAUCUCUACUGGCGCUUCUGUCCCUGCGUCGCUCAUGAAACAACUGCGAACAUCUCCAGCAGCCGUAACAUCAAAACGCCAAGCCACGCGCCAGGAUGGCUCAAUAACACCGUUAGCACCAUUUGUCACAAUAGCACAUGCCUCUAAAGUUGUGAAGAGACUGCUAACCUAGCUCUGCUACGCGGAUUGAACUGCCGUUUAUGCCUGAAAAAGCACAAUACCGCUUCAACGACUGAGAGGCUCGAGUGGCACCUAACGCAGAAGCCACUGGCAAUAACUGUACAGCUACCGAAUGGAUGCUACGGGAAGCGGUUUCUUGCACCGUUUGCAUGGCUCCGAAAUUGGCACCAUUCGAGAGCCUGUGGUUAUUGCUGGGCCUAAAUAACGGACUCCGCCAGCGGUCACUGUUCCGGGUGGCUGGACAUUGAGCGGAGCUGAGGCUCUAACGGGCAGUGCUAAGAAAUCAUACUCCCGGUUCGACAUUCUGACAUGCGAUUCGCAGGCCGUUUCCACGGCCGGGUCUUUACUGGGACCCCCUGGUGCUGCGUGACCAAACCUAACAUCCUUUUGGACCGCUUAGCUGCAGUUACCCCCUGACCAGGCUCGGCCGUGCUGUCUCGUUUCUCACAUUCGUUCC